AGCCGUUAACGAACGAGGUGGGCAGUCGUGCACGGACCAGUUUGGGAGGCAUGGCAGCAGCAGGCACGACAACAAGCGUGGCCAUGAAGAAGAGCUUAUCAGCGCAGCGCAGCAAACCACCAUGUCUUGCUCUGCAACCCUCCCUCGUCCAGGAUAACUUGCCUUGCGAAGUCGUCCCAAAGCUGUGGGUGGGCUCUGUCCACGCUGCGUUUAACUUUGAGGCGAUCAAAGAGCGCAAGAUCUCCCAUGUCCUCAACGUUUCCGGCACCGUCGCCACAUAUCCACAAGAAUUCACAUACCUCACUGUGGACAUACGAGACAAAGACUACACGAACCUCCUCAGCUGCGUACCCAUCGCAACGGUAUUUCUCGAAUCAGGCAUGCAACACGGCGGUGUUCUCGUCCACUGUGCUGGCGGUCGGUCUCGUUCUCCAGCCAUCGUCGUCGCCUACCUCAUGUCUACUUUGGGCACGUCGUUCGACGAGGCGCUCAUCAAGGUUCGCACUGCUCGACCUGUCGCGUCCCUCAAUUCGGGGUUUGAAGAUCAACUCCGGUGCUUUGAAAAAGCCAAGCGCGAUGUAUACGUUGCCCAUCAGCUAUUGCUUCAGACCAAGAUUGUGCGGGCUCGCCUGCGACGCAGCCAGCAACUCGAUGUCGACUUGUACCCUCCCCCCAAAGCUUCUUCUUCUGCCAAGAAAGCAGACAUGCGCAUGUUACUCGGGACGUUGCCGCGCGGCUUCUACUUGUCCCGACCAACUUCGCCGAAAGCCCAGACCUUCGUGCCGCCGCUUCGAUCCAUGGGCUCGCAGUUUGGCUGUGCCGCAUGUGGAAAGUUGCUGUUUUGUGCGGCCAACGUACUUCGACACUCGGGCACGACGGACGCGGCGCUGUGGACCGUGGCCAUUGACCGAAAGCGAGCGAUUUCGUGCCCAGAAACUCCCCGGGGCCGGCAAGGGGCGUCGCUGCCCCUCGGACGCCCGUUCACGGACACUGGGUUUGACGACGACGACGACGAGGAAACCGCACACCAUGACAUGCUGCAAGCGUCGGUCGUGCCUUCUACUUGCCACGAUGAUGAUACGUUGGAUAUGACGUUGGGGGCCGCCAUUCAAGACGUGGUCAUAGGUAGUACACAGGCCGACGAAAAAGCGAUUCGACCGGCGACGACUGGCGACGAUGCUAGCGGACGACGUCGACCCGUGGACGGCGGCAGUGGUGGCCACAUCACAAGCUCAUCGCCGCCGCCCUUGCCGCACAACGCUGGGUUGUCGGGCUCGCCACCAUCGUCUGAGAUGACGUCCAAAAAUCUCGGCAAUAGUAUCCAGCAGAGCAAAAAGCACUGGCGAUCGUGGACGUCGUUGCGGCCGUCGUCGUUUGGGUUUCGAAAAGCCAAUGUCGUGACAAGUAGAAGCGACGUAAUGUCGGACGAGUUGCACACGUGGCGCCACCAGAUGAAAGCACUCGAGAAGCACGGCUCGCGCCACCAAAUUCGCCGCGUGUCGGCGGCGGUAGCCGAGGACGAAAAGCAGUUUGUCGCCGUGAUGGGUAGCAGCGGCUGUGAUGUCAUCUUUAUAGAGCCACUGGUGUGGUUUGGGUCUUCUUUGCACCCAGAGAACGGCGACUUGAUGUGUCCAAACUCAGAGUGCCGAGCUACGGUCGGCCAUUAUACAUGGUCCGACACGCAAUUGAAACACCAAUGCGCGUGUGGCGGUCAAGUCUGUCCUGGGUUUGCAGUGCACAAGGCAGCGGUGAAGAUGUUGCCAGCCCCGACGCAGUUGCCAACGUCGUUGUCGUCGGGUACCCACGACACGGAAUUGACUUAGAAUCCUAUAGUAUAACUGGAUAACACGUCCCAAAUACUACUGUAGUCA